GGGGUUCUUCACCGCAACGCCGCCGAGUUGUCACCACUACCUUGUCCUGCAACCUCUUACCCCUAGUCCGUUGCUUGAAAAAUGGGCUCUAUCGGACGCCCCCGGCAGUGCAACCUCACGCCGCACGCAAAUGCAGCCUAUGCGGACUGGGUUGCGUUGCAAAGCAGGCUUCGAACCCGUGACGCCGUGGUGGUCAAUGGCCGUGACUUGACCAUUGCUGAUGUCGUGGCUGUCUCGCUAUACAAGGCCAAGGCAGGUCUCACUGCUGAUCCCAAAGACCUCCAACUCGUUCAGGACAGUGUUUCCUUCCUCGAGAGGGAGCUCGCGUCGGGCCACAUCAUCUAUGGCGUCAACACGGGCUUUGGCGGCAGCGCGGACACCAGGACCCAGCAUUUCGAGCGCCUGCAGAGCGCCGCCAUCCAGCACCUGAACGUCGGCAUCUUACUCCAGGCCGACAAGACGGACGCUGCUUCAGCCAAAGCCCCCGUUAACGGGCUCCUCCGCAGCCAUGCCCUCCCGAACCCGAUCGUGAAAGCGGCCAUGCUGAUCCGCUGCAAUUCGCUGAUGCGGGGCCACUCGGGCGUGCGCGUCAGUGUCAUCGAGUCCGUGAUGAAGCUGCUGUCGCUGGACAUGACGCCGGUGGUCCCGCUGCGAGGCAGCAUCUCGGCGUCGGGCGAUCUCUCGACGCUGUCCUACAUCGCCGGCGCAAUCGAGGGCAAUCCGGACAUCUACGUCCGCACCGCGACUGAGGACGGCGAACCCAAGAUCCUCCCGGCCAGCGAGACCCUCAGACUGGCAGGGCUGGAGCCCGUCCGUCUGCAGGCGAAGGAGGGCCUCGGCAUCACCAACGGCACCGCCCCAAGCUGCGCCGCCGCCUGCCUUGCCAUCUACCAAGCCAACCAGCUGGCCAUCCUCACGCAACUCCUCACCGCCAUGGGCACCGAAGCCCUCGACGGCACCGCCGACAACUACCACCCCUUCAUCUCCUCCGUGCGCCCGCACCCCGGCCAAGCCGAAGUCGCCCACAAUAUCCACUCCUUCCUCGCCCAUUCCAAACUCAGUCCACCCUCCACUACCCCGACGGCCAACUCCCGCGUCGGCCUUGCCCAAGACCGCUACGCGCUGCGCACGGCGCCGCAAUGGAUCGGCCCGCAGCUCGAAGACCUCCAACUCGCGACGCGGCAGAUCACCAUCGAACUGAACUCGACGACGGACAACCCACUCAUCGACGCGGCGCACGGGCGCAUCCACCACGGCGGCAACUUCCAGGCGCACGCGCUGACGUCAGCGAUGGAGAAGACGCUGCUGGCGCUGCAGAACCUGGGCCGGCUGCUGGCGGCGCAGUCGGCCGAGCUGCUCAACAACGCGACCAGCAGGGGCCUGCCGCCCAACCUGUCGUGCGACGACCCGUCCGCCAGCUUCACCUGCAAGGGCUUCGACGUCAACAUGGCCGCGUACGCCGCCGAGCUGGCCGCCCUCGCCCGCCCAGUCAGCGCCCACGUCCAGGUCGCCGAGAUGGGCAACCAGAGCGUCAACUCGAUGGCCCUCGUCGCCGCCAGGGCCGUGCUCGAGGCUGUCGAGGUGCUGGCGCUCAUGGCGGCUACGUACGUGUAUGUGCUGUGUCAGGCGCUGGAUCUGAGGUGUUUAAGGGUGGAGUUUGGGCGGGCGGUCAACCGGGUGGUGGGGGAGGUGAUGCGGCGGUGUUGCUUUGCGGGAGGGCUCGGGAAUGAGGAGGUGGGGGAGGCUGAGGUUGUGGACCGGGUGACGGCGGCGAUUUUGCAGCGGUGGGAUCAGCUGGCUCAUUUGGACCUGCCGGACCGGUGUGCGACUGCCGUGAGGGAGUCGCUGGGCGCGGUGCUUGACUGUUUGGGAGACCACGGCGCCGACAUGAAGAGGAUACGCGAGUAUCAGAGGCAGAUGGCUGCCGCGCUGGAGGUUUGCUACGACGAUGUCCGAGCGGCUUUCAUCGCCCGUCCAAGGACGGGAGAGUACAUCAGCCCGGCGUCGAAGGUGGUCUACGACUUUGUGCGUACGGACUUGAAGAUUCCUCUCAACCGCGGUGUGGAGGAUCACCCACCGCUGUUGCUGCGGAAAGCCGGCGCCGACAAUGGGAAUGCCGCCAACGGGGCUGCCAAACUCGACGAUGAUGUCGCGGCUCGUAGUAGGAUCCUGGGCACCAUGGCCAGUGAAAUCUACGAAGCACUCCGCCGCGGCGAAUUACACGACCGCAUCAUGCGGUUCGGGGAGGAAACGGGACUGUGGUCUUGCGAAGAUAAGUGAGAACCUGGGGAGCUGAAUUUUGCGAGCCCGUGAUUGCCACCACUGGUGCCCUCACUCCCCGUCCCCCCGUAAGACGGUCUUAGUAGUUACAGGCAGAGACGCAGCAAAUUACCACGGAGCGUUGGUCCCGUCAUACACGUUUCCCUCGCGGGGAUGCUCCCAGCCUUUGACGAAGACCUUGGGCAUCUGCCCGUUGUACUCCUGUCCCUCCUUAAAGAUGAUGUCCAACGAAGCCUGGG